AUGGCGCCGUCACGUCCACUUCCGGAAUGGACCAUCGUGGACUUCAUUCACAGAGGGUACUGGUGGAAGAACAGAGGGAUAUUGAUGUUGAACCUGUGUCUCAUCCUUCCUUUGCUCACCGCUUCUGUCAACGGGCUGGACUCUUCAUUGGUCAACGGGCUCCAGAUACUGCCCGAUUGGCAGAACUACUUCGACCACCCUCAUGGACGAACAUUGGGCCUCAUCAACAGCGCGCAGAACAUUGGUGGUCUCGCUGCGCUUCCUUUGACCCCGCUAGCAAGUGACCGCCUGGGUCGACGAGUCGCUCUGUUCAUAGGUUCGACGAUCAUGCUUGGCGGUGUCGCUCUCCAGUAUGCUGCGAACUCUGUCAAGCUCUUUAUGGCUGCUCGGAUCGUUAUCGGCUUCGGGCUUGCUUUCUGUACAAACUCCGCCCCCUUGCUCUUGAUUGAGCUUGCAUACCCAACGCAGCGGGGUAAGAUCACUUCCAUAUACAACUCGAGUUGGUAUGCCGGUAGCAUGCUAUCAGCAUGGGUUUGCUAUGGCGCGUUCGACAAGGCGCUCGGGCAGUGGACAUGGCGCGUGCCAACUCUAGUUCAGGGAGUUGUACCGCUCUUGCAGGUGUGUUUGGUCUGGUUCAUCCCAGAAAGUCCUCGCUUCCUCGUAGCCAAAGGUUAUGAGGGCAAAGCGAGAAAAAUCCUGGCUAAAUAUCACGCAAAUGCAGGCGACGAGCAUGAUCCCCUCGUCGUCUUCGAGCUCGCACAGAUUCGUCACGCGAUCCGGAUGGAGGAGGAAGCCACUCGUAUCACGUCGUGGCUCACCCUUUUCUCGACGCCCGGCAAUCGAAAGCGGAUGCGUCUCAUCAUUGCCAUUGCGAUCUUCUCUCAAUGGAGUGGCAAUGGGCUAGUAUCCUACUACAUCAACCUCGUACUCGAGGGCGUAGGCAUACGUAGUACCGAGACGAAGGCUGCGAUAAAUGGAGGCCUACAAGUCUUCAAUAUGUGUGUCGCCUUCACCGCCGCCAUGCUCGUCGACUGGGUCGGGCGAAGAACGCUCUUCAUUGUUUCCACUGCUGGAAUGCUCGUCUGCUUUACUAGCUGGACAACCACAACCGCUCUUUUCGAUGUUUUCCAGAGCACGGUCGCCGCGAAAGCGACCAUACCACUGAUCUUUAUAUUUUACUUCUUCUACGACGUGGCCUACACCCCGAUGCUGGUAGCGUAUACCUUGGAAAUCUUGCCCUACAAGAUUCGUGCUCGAGGGUUCGCUGUGAUGAACCUCACCGUGUUCCUCACAACAGCCUUCAAUCAGUUCGUAAACCCAUGGGCAUUGGACGCAAUAGGAUGGCACUACUACAUCGUUUACUGUGGCUGGCUCGUCCUCGAGCUUGUAUUCGUGCUCGUGUACGUUGUAGAGACGAAGGGCAAGACGUUGGAAGAGACGGCUUUGAUCUUCGAUGGCGAGGAACAGCAGCGCGACCUCGCUGCAUUCGGCGAGGAGGCUGCGACCCACACCAUGACUAUGCAGGCUGUCGCAACCCUCCAGCGCCUCGCGUCCAAGCCCCCAUCCAUCCACGACCAUGACUCCAUCACGGACGAAGGGACAGAUAAGUCCUGCGAGCGCAUGGUCAAGAGUCGCCUAUCCGACGAGAUCCGCACUGUCGCCCGCUCCCAACCCGCCCUCGACGAGGACGCGUUAUCCUACCACACCAGCGACCCUCCACUGUACUCCUACGAGGCAGACCAGCAUCGACACCCCUUCAGCUACCACGGAGACGCGCGCAGCGACUCCGAGAUCAACCUCGACUCCGCGUUGGGCUACUACGCGCGACGAGCGUCCUUUGCCGAAUCCUACGAGCGGCAGGUGUAUUCUUUGGACGGACACGGACGCGCUGUAUCUCCUAACGGAUCGGACUUCAAGUUCACGGCAGUAUAGCUGACGAACUUUAACCGUUGGCGUCCUGCACUGUAAUUGUACCAUUAGCGGCCAUUGUGUAGGUCUGGUCAUUUGGGUAUACGGGGGAUCCGCACAAAAUUAUCGAAGUACUGUAGUGUAUUAUACCAAAUACCUGUAGCUGUCCUCCCCAUACUUAUCGCGGCCUGUACUUAUAAAUAACGACUAUCAUGACGACGAA